GUGAUUAUAGUCAAAAAACAAAUGGGAAUAAAGUCGUGUUUGCUUAUAUCUUAUGUUUUAAUCUUUUUUAAUAUCGUGAGAUAGGAAGAAUAAAUAUGAAUUUUAAAGCAUGAUAUAAUGCUUUUUAAAGGGUGUAGAUACGCUUUUAUCGGCAUUAAGCAUUAUUCAUCUGUUAAAAUGGCUCAACGUUUUUCCGUGCUUGUAACUCGUGUUGAUGUACCAAAAGAGAGCAUCGAGCUUCUACAAAAAACUUGUGAAGUUGAAACAUGGCCUAAAGCUAGUGCCAUACCCCGUGAUGCAUUGCUUGAGAAGAUAGCAGGAAAAGAUGCUUUGUAUUGCCAAAUGGCAGAUAAAGUUGAUAAAGAAUUAUUGAAUGCUGCAGGACCUCAGUUAAAAGUAAUAGGAACAAUGUCUGUUGGAUUUGAUCACAUAGAUUUACCUGAAUGCAAAAAAAGAAACAUUCUUGUUGGAAAUACACCUGAUGUUCUUACAGAUGAUGUUGCAGAGUUAACAAUUUCUCUCCUGUUAGCAACUUCAAGAAGAAUUUUUGAAGCAUCAGAAGAACUAAGAAAUGGAAAAUGGAUAUCAUGUGGAUGGGCUCCUUUGUGGAUGUGUGGAACUUCAAUUAAAGGAAGUACAAUAGGAAUUGUAGGAAUGGGUCGAAUAGGUUGUGCUGUUGUUGAAAAAUUACAAGGAUUUAAAGUGGGCCAGUUUUUGUAUUGUGGAAACAAACAGAAAGAAAGAGCUAAUGAAUUAGGAGCUAAAUUUGUUACUUUUGAUGAACUUUUGAAAAAUUCUGAUUUCAUUGUAAGUUGUUGUGCUUUAAAUGCUCAAACUAAAGAAUUGUUUAAUGAAAGAGCAUUUAGUUUAAUGAAACCCACUGCAAUAUUUAUAAAUACUAGCAGAGGGGGUGUGGUAGAUCAAAAUGCUCUUUAUCAAGCUCUUACUACAGGCCAAAUUAAAGCAGCAGGUUUGGAUGUAAUGACUCCAGAACCUUUACCACCUGAUCAUCCUCUGACUGAAUUAAAUAACUGUGUACUGUUACCUCACAUUGGAAGUGCAACAGUUUCUACAAGAGUAUCAAUGGCUAUGCUUACUGCAAGAAAUAUAUUAGCUGGUUUAGAAGCCAAACCUCUUCCUUCACUGUUAUGAAAAUAUUCAAUGAGGAAAGAAAAUUUAUACUAUAAAUAAUUGUAACAUGCAGUACAUUCCAUUAAUAAUGUGCAUUUUUAGGUUUAUUAGAAUCUUAUCUUCUAAUUCCUCGUCAAUAUUUUUCGUAUUAUCUGAAACAAUGUAGUAUUAAUAAUUUUUAAUUUUUUAUUGUAAAUUAUUUCACUUUUUAUAAACCUGGCUUUGGUUUAUCUAGUUUGUUUCAUUCAGAUAUAAACACACAAACAUCCAGCUAUGUGAAAUUUAUAAUUAAUAAAUACUCUUUAAAAAUGUUCUUUCUUUAUAAAGUAAAUUGGAAUAUUACAUUUCUUGUUGGAAGCAUAUCAGAAGGACAUUUUUGUUGUAUUAAAUAUGUAAGUUAUAGAAGUGAAUAUUUUUGGUCACAAAUAGAAAGGUUUUGACAUUUGUUGCUAAUUUAUAUAUAUAUUGUUUUAACAUGCUUCAUA